AUGACAUUUAAAUUAAUAUGCGGACGUUUAAAUAGUAUUGAUGGAAUAUGUUGGUCACCAAAUAGUGAAUUAUUAUGUAUAUGGUGUUCGUUUAGUAGCGAAACAAAGUUAAUUAUUUAUUCUAACAUAUUAGAGAAAGAUGUUGCAAUAUUUAAUCCUGCACAAAGUAUAGAUUCAUCUGAAAUAGGAUACACUAAUGACAAAGAAUUAAAAGGAAUCGAAAAUGUAACAUGGAUGCCCAGUGGACAGUUAUUAACUGUAACAGGGUUUAAUGAAAUGAUUGUAUUGUUAAAUCAUGUAACUUGGAAAUCAUUUCUACAAUUGUAUCUUGAACCAGUAAUUAAAGAAAAUUAUUUGAACAAAGUGUAUGAAGAACGCAUAAUUCAACCCAAACUUUCUAUGGAAGAAAAAUCGGAACGACCGAUAAAUAUAAAAAUUGGAAGGAAGGAUGAUAUAGACAGAUUGUCAAUUGCUAAAUUUGAUAUUUUAGAAUUUAGUUUUUGUGGAAAAUAUUUGGCUAUAAAACAUCAACUUUAUCCUACGACAUUAUGGAUAUGGAAUAUUACUGAAGAUUAUUUCGAUUAUUUACUCCUCGAAAAUGCUAUCGUAGCUGCAAAAUGGAAUCCUACACGAGCUCAACUUCUAAUAUUUUGCGAAUGUGCGCACAUGUUUGAAUGGACACCACAUAGCGCGAAUUGUAUACCAACUCCACGAAAUAUUGUAGUAUUAGAUGCUCGAUGGCAUCCUGGAGGAAAUCUUUUACUACUUUGCGGUUAUAAUAAAGCACUUAUUUAUCAACUUGAAAAUAAAUUAUGA